AUACAUACAUACUGACUCCAGUAGGGACUUCACGUUAUCGCAGCAUUUCAUCCUCCUUGUUCAGCAUUUGUCCGAAACUGGACAUAGCCACAGGGUGAAUGAAAAGGACGGAGAACGUUUAUUUAGAGAUGAGGAGAACAACGGAAGCCGUUUGAAGGUUUGGGUGACUGAACAUCCAGCGGAGGUUUAACGGGCACAGAAAUCCUUGAUCGGGUGGAGAGCAAGACAAAUGUUCGAGCCGAACAUCAUUUGAAGCGAGCCAUCAUCAUCGUAUCAGCUUGCUCAGAGACAACGCGCAAAAAACAAGGAAUAUCUUUGAAGACUUUAUACAAAUAGCCUUUUAUAACCCCGAAGCUCACGGCUGACUCUUUUUAAGCAAUUAUUUGCGGUUGAAAUUGUCGUUACGCCUCACUUACGUGAUCCCGCACCCCCACGAGACGAAUAGACAGCGUUGUGAUACGCAGGCGUUGACCUGAAAUAUUUCAUAUAGUAAUACAGAAGCCGGACGAUAGUAUUAUUCUAGGUUUGUCCAUUUAAUAUUUGGAGUAUAAAUGACACGGAAUCUUGGUCAUCAUCCAUGGUAAAGACUCCAUCCCAGGUUGGCCUGCAUAACAAUAACACUAUAAUAUUAUAUUAAAUUGAGGUUGAGAAUCCAUUUUAAAGGCCUCAUUUUAAGGUGUGUAGGUGGACGUUUUGGAACAAGUCGAAGAGUCUCUCUGUACGGAAAAAGGGCGUUUGAUUCUUCAAGUUUACCGCCACAGAAGGAAGAUGUCGGGUCAGACUUUGACGGACCGCAUAGCCGCGGCGCAGUACAGCCUCACGGGAUCCGAGGUGGCCCGAGCCGUGUGUAAAGCGACCACUCAUGAGGUGAUGGCACCAAAGAAGAAACAUCUCGAAUACUUGAUUCAGGCAACCCAGGAGUCCAAUGUCAAUAUACCUCAGAUGGCAGAUACCCUGUUUGAGAGAGCGGGAAAUGCCAGCUGGAUCGUGGUCUUCAAGGCUUUGGUCACCACUCACCACCUGAUGGUCCAUGGCAAUGAGAGAUUCAUCCAGUUCUUGGCCUCCAGGAACACCCUUUUCAAUCUUAGUAAUUUUCUGGACAAAACUGGCUCCCAUGGUUAUGACAUGUCAACAUUUAUUAGACGUUACAGCAGGUACCUGAAUGAAAAGGCUUUUGCCUACAGACAGAUGGCUUUCGACUUUGGCCGAGUGAAGAAAGGAGCUGAUGGUGUGAUGAGAACAAUGUCUACAGACAAGCUCUUGAAAGGCAUGCCCACACUGCAGAGUCAGAUUGAUGUUCUUCUGGAGUUUGACGUUCAUCCAAAAGAUCUUGUCAAUGGAGCGAUCAGUGCUGCCUUCCUGUUGCUAUUCAAAGAUCUCAUCAAGUUGUACGCCUGCUACAAUGACGGGAUCAUUAAUCUCUUAGAGAAAUUUUUCCAGAUGAAGAAAGGGCAAUGCAAAGACGCAUUGGAAAUUUAUAAAAGAUUCUUAACAAGAAUGACCAGAGUCUCAGAGUUCCUCAAAAUUGCUGAGCAAGUUGGAAUCGACAAAAACGAUAUACCUGAACUUACCCAGGCCCCUGAGAGUCUGCUGGAAUCUCUUGAGACACAUCUCAACACACUAGAGGGGAGGAAAGUGUCACCGACUAAGAAGGGAUCUCCAACAAAUAAUGGAACACCUGGUGGUACACCUACAAAAACCGCAGAACCCACUGCUGCAGCUGCCGCGGAGACUGAGACCGUCGCAGCAGAGCCUGCAAAAGCUGCACCAGUUACAACCAUUACCAAUAGUGGCUUCAAUGAUCUUGUGGAUUUCGAUCUGUUGGCGCCAAGUGCAGGGGCUUCAGCGGCUCCCACGGCAUCAUGGGGAGAUCUACUUGGUGAGGACUCUCUGGCAGCUCCUUCCGCUAGCUCUGAAGCACCCCUCUCUGAGGCUGACUCUGCCACUGCAGUUCCCCCAGCCUGUGCUGCUGCAGCUUCCGAACCAGCAGCUGAUGCCAACGCUGCUCCAGCCGCUGCCUCGCUGUCCAUGCCUGCCCCCACUUCCAUUGUCUCAGACAUGGAUCUGUUUGGAGACGCGUUUGCCCCCUCCCCAGGCGAUCUUCUGAGUGAGGGCAUGGUCCCAGCAGCUGCUACCGAUGCAUGUGCCGGUUCUGACCCCUGGGCCCCAUCGGAGGGGAGUGCGAGUAUUGCCCUAGAGCUGGAUCUCUUUGCCAUGAAGCCGGUAGAGAGUGUUGCUGCUGCAGCUUCUCCUACCAGCGCAGAGCUGAGCUUCUCGCCAACAGUGGCCCCUGCUGCCCCCUCUCCUCCUCCCACAACCACCACCACAUCUGCUACAACCAAGCCUGUGGCCCCGCCAACACUAGACCUGUUUAGUGAUAUGUUUGAUUCUAUGCCUGAGCAAAGCUCCUCCUCAGAGCCCAAAGCAACCACUCCUAGCGUAGACCUAUUUGGUUCAGAUCUUCCUGCUGUUUCUCGCGGGCCCUCACCUUUACCCGAGGCCAGUGUGACUGGUGACCUUUUGUCUGACUCAUUUGUUGCUCCAGCUGUUGCUCCAGUGGCUGCUACACCUGCUGCGGCUGCUCCUGUCUCUCCUCCUAAACCUGAGCCUAUUCCUGUGCUAGAUCUCCUUGACACAUUUGGGGACACCACUGGGGAGACCCAGUCCGUUGCUCCUGGAGCACCAUCAGCUGACCUGCUUGGUGGGUUGAUUUCACCAGUUGCCCCCACGGUUACACCAACCCCAGCACCAAUGCCAGCCUUAGCUCCUGCGGACCUGCUGGAGUCAGAUUUUGAUGCUUUUGGCUCUGCACCAAUAUCCGCGACACCAUCAGCAGCAGACUGUGCCCCUGUGGCACCAUCUGGUGGCUUUGAUGCUUCAGGAGACCUUCUAAUGCCAUCCAUAACGCCUCAGAGUACAGGUGGAACUCCCAUGGCUCCAACGACACCAGUUUUAUCUGGAAUUGUGCCUGCUGCUGGGCCAACCAUGGCACCAGCAUUGACACCGGCGAUGGCACCAACAAUGGUACCCUCAGCAGCUGCCCAACCAGCCAAAGCAAUUGGAGGAGACUUAGACUCUUCACUUGCUGAUCUGGUUGGAAAUUUGGGGAUGGGAAGCCAAAAGAAGGAAUACCAGUGGAAUGAGAAGAAGCUUACAGGAGGUGUUAACUGGACCCCUCAGGUAGCUCCCACUAGCUGGGGCACACCUGGCGCUCAGAUGCCUGGCUCCGCCCCUGGAGCCCCAGUAGCUGCCGCCCCCCCUGGAGCCAUUGCACCACCCAUGGGAGCACAGUCAGGCUUUGGCAUGCCCCCAGCAGUAGGAGUGGGAGCUCCCAUGAUGCCCCAACCUAUGAUGAUGGGUCAGCCCAUGAUGAGACCACAAUUUACAGGGUCUGCAGCAUCAGGAACACCUGGAGCACCAUUGUCUCCAGGGCCGGCUGUUCAGAGCCCCAAAAAACCUCCCUCCAAGGACCCCCUUGCAGAUCUCAACAUCAAGGACUUUUUAUAAUCUCCCAGUGUUUUUUCUCAAAGUUUGAGCUCCAGUGAGAGAGGUCUGCUGUCUGUUUACGCCCCCAGAUGCCCCGAGGAGCCCACAGCUAGAUUUACUGCGCCAAACAUAAAUCCCACCCACUCUGCCCCACCCAGCCUUCCUGUGUCAUGUUGUAGCUACAGACUGUGAAGUGAAACGUAGAAAAAAAGAAAGAAAAAUUAAGAUGUGCUUAUUUCGAUGUAAUCCUUUGUUAUAAUGAAAUAGAACAAAACUAUAUAUAUAUAUAUAUAUAUAUAUAUAUAUAUAUAUAUAUAUAUAUAUAUAUAUAUAUAUAUAUAUAUAUAUAUAUAAAAACAUUUUAAUGAAAGAUUAAAAAAAAGAAUGUGUACUUAUGUCAACUUUUUUCUGGUGUUUAGGUCUGAAAUGAAUGAUGUAUGUGUGUUGAUCAUCUCAAAUUUACUUCUGGUACCUCUGAGACUUCCCACUUGGGGUUAGAGAUGUGGCAAUCUGCCCUGAACACGGUUGUUCCUGUGCUUUCUGUUGUAUGUUAGUUUUGGAGCAGUGUAUAUUAUCCUCAUUGACGAAGCAAGGGUCUCCCCUAUUCUCUGAUCUUUAUGUGUGGACAAUUUAUUAAUGUGAACCCGGUAAUGAAAUUGUAAGACAUGAUAUUGUCAUUUUCCAUCAUCGACUGACAUGUUUGUUUACAAAUAUAAAUAUAUUAAAU